AUUGAUGAGGAGUGACGCGUUGAGCCGCACAUAUAAAAGCAGAGGCCACAGUUCUACUGUCUUUCUGCACCUGAUCUUGUUGACCUGAGGAGCUGCUGACCUUGAACUGUGGAAACCGUCAGGAACAAGCUGUUCACCUGUUCAACUGUUCACCUGUCCUGAGAUAGAGAGAUAGAGAGAUGGCACCUGCUGCUUUACGCAGAGAGAAACACCUGCUGAAGUUAGGCAUCCUCCGUGUGCUGGAUGAACGCUAUGUUGGUCUGCUGAAGCCAGGACGGAUCCUUUCAAUGACUGUGACCAAUUUGAGGAACCGUCCACUGAGCAGCACCAACAUCAGCUCCAUGUCCCGGUCCGUCCUCAGCCUGUACCACAGCUUCGUCACAGGCUCCAAGGACUUCCCUUUGAUUCCAGUCAGAGCACACUUUGACUCUCUCCGCUUGGUCACACCCUUUCCCAGGCUGACCCAGUGGGAGAACACCACACCGUCUCCUUUGACGGAUGCACCAGCAGGUGUGAUGGUGCCUACUGGUGGCCUUCCUCCAAAAAUGCUGACUCCAGUUCUUCCAGAGAGGGCGAAGCUCGGAGCCCUGAGGGCCGACGGCAGGAACUUUGUCCGCGACAUGAAAUUUGAUGGUGAGACUCUCACCAGAGUCAUCUCCACUGUGUACCGCUCUGAGAGCACAGAGCUGACCAACAGCUGGAGGGUGACCGACUACAGUGCAGACGGACACCUUCUCAUGUCGGUCCUCUGUCAGUUCACCGGAAAGUCGGCGCGGUCUGCAAAGACUCCAAGACAGGAGACAGAGGAGGAGAGCAGCAGCAGCCGGUCACCUCCAAAGAAACGCUUGAGACUGUAAUGGACGUUUGCUCUGCUGCACCUUGGUCUGUCCCUUGUGGAUUACAACAUCUGGCAGAUUAAGGAGCUGGAUUAUUUUGACCCCUGAGGGCUCCACUGGUAGCGUCUUGCACCGGGGCCCAUGAGGACAUGUCCCAUAUGAAGGAUAUGGUUGACUGAGGGGUUAUUAUUGUACAUUUGUAUAUAAUUUUUCUCUUUAUGAUUGUGGUACACACAGGUCAGUGUUUUUGGUACGUCUUGCACCUUUCUUUAUUUCUUAGUGCUGGCCUGUGUGUCUGAUAUUGUGUUAACUACGAGGGAGCUAUGAGGAUCUCUUGAGAUAGGAGCACUCUCCAAAGAAAACUUUUUUUCCAUACAGGAGGAAUUGGGAAAUCUAAAUUGCAUGUCCACGGUUUACCCCACCAACUGCCCACUGUGUGUCGGGACAGGGAUCGGUCCCCCUGCAGCCUUCAACAUCAAUUGCAGUUCGAAUGGAUUUCUUUAAAUACAGUUGAAUGUAUUUUCUUGAGCUAGAAAUACAUGCAACAUUAUUUAAUGAAGCACACUCAUCACUAGCAUCACAAGUACAAGACUUCAGUUUGAGCUAGGAAUGAGAAGAGCUGCUGCAACAGCUGCAGGGACAGUGUCAGAGCCAACAACACUACUGAUCCACCAACGACAGGCAGAGAACAGGCUGAUAGAAGAAGCAGGAGAGGACAAGAAACAGGCAAGACGGAGACCAUUGAAGACAUCAGCUCUGGGACCCCACCUGUGCUUCUCUCCCAGCUAACCAGACCAGCCAGCUGCGGACACAGGAAGAGUUCACAAAUAGAGGAAGAAGGAGACAAGGAAAGGAGACAGCAUUCAUUGUGAACCGUCACAUAAAAAACGGAUGAGUAUACAUUUUUACACAUACAUUUUUUCUGUUUUUGUACAGAUGGAUAGUUUCUCUGGCUGUUGAAGUUGUUUGUUGCCAUUUGUCUUUUAGAGAGAGGAAGGAAAACGAAAAGGACCAGACGAGACAAGAGGCGAGGAGGCAGGACAGCGUGCAUUGAAAACCCUUU